ACCUGUUAACACGGCAGUCAUCUUGUAGCGUGGAGCGGUACGCCAUGCCGCGGCCGCGGCGUGCAGUGGGCACACUGGAGAGUGCAUAUUAGACAGUGCGAAGCGCUCAGAUUCGAGCAUUCGCCGGCGAGCGCUCGGUGAGUUUGGUGCAGAGGUGUUUAUGCGUAUCGCGUGGUCGCUCGCUCUCGUUCGCGUAUACAUAUUCUCAUCAGUGAAUUUCGCCUCGUUUCGUCGCGUAUCAUUACGGUAAACAGUAUCAAACGUACACGAGCAACGGUAGACCACAUAACGGCCAAUCAAAUCGUGAAAUUAUUCAUCAAGUGAAUUUAUUGUCACAAGUGGAAUACCAGGUAUUUAUUCAUGCGAAUAUUCCUACGUUUCGUAUCUUCUUACGUAGAAUCGUAUCGAAUGGUAUUAUCGAAAGCAGGCAAACACGAGUAACAUCUGUUCGCUGUUUAAUAUUUACAUAUCGUGCUCGGCCUUCUGGAGGUCGCGUCGAUAGGGAAUUUAAUGGGAGUCCAUUACGCUUGAUUUAUGGUCUGAAAAUGUAAUUCAAGAUAGCGCUUUCGUUUGAAUACAAACCUCUUCUCGCUUGGAUUACGCCUGCAGCGUGUAAGACUGUGCGCAUCUGUCAUCGGACGGGCACCAUAUAGUAGCUAUCAGCGAUAAAAUAUUUAACCUGCAAAUGAGCUCGGUCGGUGUACGGGUUAUCUGUAAAGGAUACGCCGAGAAGUGAAACCACGCACGAUUUCCCGGUCGUCAAUAAAUAAAUAUCAAAGUACAGUACAUUCACGCGUAAUAUUCCCGAAUAUUUGAAUUUCAUUUCGCGACAAGAUUAUAUGCCGUAAAGAACAAUAUGUUAUUUCAUUUUCGCGAUCGUAUGAUGUACGACGGAUGCUAGAGUGUGUUAUCUAAUCUACGUGACUUAAACCGGCAAAGAAACGAAACAUAAAUUGAUACACGACACCAUUUACGGGACCGACACGAAAUCUCGUAACUCUCGUGAAAAUAUAAUUCGACGAUCGUGCGAUAUGUCUCUCGUGGUCUGAAAAUACGCGAGUAUUCGCGCCGGAUUCUCAUGCGCGCCAGGUUUCGUAAAAUUCUAACACGACUUUUACCAGUGUUCGCGUGCGAAACGGUGAUUUGUCAGCGGUUUCGUUCGAUAUAGAAAAAGUAAAAAGCGGAAGACUGAAAAAGAAAGAGAAAGAAAGACGCGUACCGGAAAAAUUCGAUGAAAGAAAAAAAAAAGAAAAAGAAAUUCGAGCGGCGCGACGCAGGAAUUGCAGGAGAGCACGUGGGCGGUGCUUGAAGUCUAGUUCUGCGCGCCUCUCGCUUCCAGUAUUCGUCUGCCCGUCCGAGGGAGCGCGAGUGUUACUCCGUUGUAGCAGUGGCGCGCGCGCGCGCGCCUUCUAGCCUUUUUUCGUAAUCCGGACGAGAGGCCGACGUUGGCGGCGCCAAGCGAGAAGAGAAGAUGAGGAGGGAGGCCGUCGACCCGUUAUAAAUGGAACUAGCAAGACAGCAUUUCUUGAAUCGUUUCUUCUGUUAUUAUUCGCAGCGUGUCGGCGCACUAGCCCGCAUGUUUGUCCGCGGCGUGACCAGAACCUGCACAUCCGCCGAUAUUAUUAUCGCCGUGGUCCAAAGGAUGCAGUCGAAUCGUGGCGACCGUGGAAAGUGAAGUUUUCGAAAGGAAAAAAGAGAAAUCGAAGGAGCGAGAAAUCGACGGACAGAAAGUGGCAUUUUUUGAUGACCAAGCGACCAGUGUGAAACUCUCGACGGGCACGAAUUAUAGUGGCGCCUUUUUAGUGAGCGCGAAAGAGAAGAAAUUUCAAAAUUCGAGAUAUGCCCGUGGCGACAUACGGUGUACAAUUUUGGAAGUUCACAAACGGUGAUAAGUGGACAAAGUUCGAAGAUCGUGUUUUACCUGUUGUUCGGUCGAUAAUAUACGGCGAGUCUCGGUUUCGCAGUUGCACGCUCGUUUAAAUUGCCUGUCACAAUUCGAGACGCUCGGUGCCGACUUGUUCGCGAGAAGAUUGCGACGGUCGAGCCAGUGAAUCACAUCUGAGAGCGACAUUUCGAAAGAUCGAUGUGUCGUCGGGUCUAAAAAGGUGGCUCUUACUCAACGCCGUUUAUCGCGCCAUUGGGGAGCGCGUGCUUGGAAUGAAUGCCGCGUUUUCAACCGCUAUGUGAAGUUGUCCCUACAGUUUGAACGUGAUUAGUGGAUGCGCUACAAGAGACCGAGUGUCACCGGUUGCUUUGCAAUGUGAGUAAAUAGAAACUUCGUGUAGAGACAGAAGAACCGAGGAACAAAUCAAACAACCACUCUUUAGAGGUUUUGUUGUCGUUUGAAUAUCGUUGACCCGAUGUGAAUGUAUUCGAAGGAAAUAUUCGCGUCAUUUCUAUAAAGGUUAGUUACGAUAUUUUUGUCUGUGAACGUUUACAUUUUUCGACAAAAUAUAUUUCUCGAGAAUCGUUUAGUGCCGGGGUUCGUAUAUGUAAACGUUUAUUCGCGAUUCUUCUCUCGUGUAUGUGUGUGAUGUGAAUGGACUUUAAUACGGUCGAAACGAAAGAAACUGUAGGUCGAGUGAAAAGUAACACGAACAGUGUUAAUCGGACAGCAUAUGAUGUGCAAGCGCGGCUCGAACGACACCUAACAUCCACGUCUGAUGACAAACGUGAACAGGAUCAGGGUGGUCGUCCUCGGCGGCCCCAGAGUCGGGAAAUCAGCCGUAGUAGUGCGGUAUUUGACGAGGCGAUACAUCGGCGAGUACAGCUCAACCAGCGAUUUCCUGUACCGGCACAGCGUUACCAUCGAUAACGUUAGUACCGAGGUGGAGAUACUGGACACUUCCAGGUGCGAGGAAAAUGGUUGUCUUUACUCUCACAUACGAUGGGGCGAGGCUUUCGUGGUCGUUUACAGCGUGACGUGCAAACGAAGUUUUCAGGAAGCUCGCGGAUUGCUGAAGCAACUGGCUGACUUACGUCUGCCAUCCUACUUCACUGCUCUGUUGCUCGGCAACAAGAGAGAUCUGGAUCAUGCUCGAGAGGUAUGCGUGGACGAGGGGCAACAGUUGUCGCUGGCGCACGGAUGUCAAUUCUACGAGGUCAGCGCGGCGGAGAGUCCUGCCGGCGCGGCUCUCGCGUUCCAGGCGCUGCUCCGAGAGGCGAGGUCGGUGCAGCUGCUACGAGCGCUUCCGAUCCGCCGGAAGUUGGGCGUUCACUCGGUCUCAAGGGUACUCGGCACGAUCUUCGGCAAGAACACGACGAAAGAUCGGAAAAAGAGGCCCUCGUUGAGCAUAUGACGCCUCCUCUGCGCCCUCCUCCUCGGAGGUCGUGACGAACCCGACAGGAGAACCGACGUGGUCGUUCUCACCAGCAACGUCUACUCCAAUCGCUGACGAGGACAUCGUUAAGAAAUCGUCUGACCAACGUGAAUCAGUCACGGUGACUCAAAUUUUCCUCUCGAAGGACACGUUUAAGAAGAUGAAAAAGAGAAGAGGAAGAAUAUGUUUGGUGUUCUCUGGACGCGACACAGUUCCUGGCGUCUUGAUUCGUCUUCAAGAAUGUUCCUGAGGAACGCUGGGACGUUGCCUGGCGGACAGGUAAAAACGCAUCUACGGUAGAACCUCGAUUGGCGUAGAAUUACGAAAACGCAAGGGACUGAAAGUGCACAGGUGUCGAGAUUCGUGCGAACGAGGUAACCGAUCGGACAGUUUACUAUACUUUUGUUGUGGCGAUCGUGACGAGACUAGGGCUACGGUUGCAGCGGAUGUACGCUUUGACGAAUUGUCCUUCUGAUCCAUGAAACGUACGCUUAUAAGUAGAACGCAGAUUCUUGUGCAAAUUUAUAUCUCGCAGAGUAUCGUUCGAGAAAUAGUGGAAUUUUACGUAAAUGUAUGAAAGCCCGCGGUAUACUCAGAACAUAGAUGUAUCCAUAUUCGAUUGGCCCGACGUAUUCGUCAGAACACGCAUCCACCUUAACCACGGUGCAAUUAUAUCAGUUGCGAUUGGAUUUCUCAUAUCGCCGCUCUUGGUCCGUUUGUUCGUAACCGAUUACGAGAUGCUAUCCUCACAAUGCGUUGCGGAAUACAACGAGCGAUGUACUUGCGCGGACGAUCGAGAUCGUAACGAUCGAGGUUCUACCGUGUAUCAUCUCCCAGAAGAAGCUUCGUGACGUAAAAAGGAAAGAUAAUUGUACUUUCUGAGCGGACGAAUGCGAUCAUUUCGUUGACUGUUCGUCGUUGGGUAGAGGGAGGCAGAGGGCGCAGGAGGCGCGUAUCCGAACACCAGCUUCGUUUCAUGUGCAUGGAGUUUCGGGAGUUCGAUCGAAAAACGAGAAAAUCGUCCACCGGAGAAAAUAGCUGUUUCCCUAGGGGAACUAAAUCCAGGCGUUCUUGCCUCAGGUUCUCGUGUAUUUACAGACGUUUUCAUUUAACGUUCGAUGGAAACACUGGUGAAAAUGGACAGUGAAUCGAAGAGGAGGAGGAGGAGGACAGUGUGAGAGAUUGUGACGAGCGUGGAAAACGACGAAUCGCAAGAAAUUGAUAGCGAGUAAGGUGGUCUUUGUUCGUCGAGUGCUUCGUGUUCGUUUUCCUUUUAUUUUUCUCCCUUCUUUUCCCUUUCUACGUUCUUGUCGGUGUUGGAGUGGUCGAAUCGUAUCUCCUUCGAGAUGGAUGGAGAAUCGGCGAUACGCGCGUGCGACUGCUGUUCCUGAAGGGUUGUAGCUUUAAGCGUGACCGGGAGUCGAGGUGAUUCUCUCAUCAGGGUGCAUCGAUACCGAUUCGUGUGACUUUUGUCGAGAAUCCUGAGAAACGUCUCGCUCACUUGAGAUCGUUUCGGUGUAUUUAUUUGUUUCGAGUAAUGCGAGGUAACUGAGUGCAUUCGCUGCUGUUAAGUAACUGAAAAGAUGGUCAAAUCGGAUUUUUAGAUGGGAAGCUACAGGAUCGUUAGAAAUAAUUUCGACGUACGUUUUGUUGGAAACAAAGUGAAAUAAAAAGAAGAAGGAACGAAAUAUUUUCUCGACGUUGUAUCUGGCUAGAAGAUAUUAUUUCUUAUGAAUUUAUUUAUUUUUCUAGUUGAGUCCUACUUCUCUCUACUUUCUUUUUCAUACAUAUAUACAUGACAUAUAUUUUCUAUAAAUAUUGUAAUUUUGGUCAAUGAGAUAUCGCUAGAAUUAUGUAGAUUUAAUUUUAUUAAGUAUAUCGAACGUACGGUAGAAAUUGAAAGAGAAAUAAGAUACACGGUCGAGAAAUAUUCCGUUCACUGAUUUCGUGUCGUGUGCAGACAUUGAAAUCACCAGAUUCCCUCGUCUUUGCAACGCUCGUGUAGCUUCUCGAAUAAACUCUUGAAAUUUCGCUUAAUCUUUCGCUAAUCUUGUCUCCUAACGAUGAAAGGCGAUGGUACAGGCUUAAUAAAUAUAAAGGACAUAAAA